CUCAUAAAUAAGUCUUAAUUUUACUGAAUUAAUAAGCGCUUAAAAUAUUAUACCGUAAUACCAUAAAAAUUAAUAAACUAUUAAUUGUAUUAGUACCACCAUGAUAACUAUAUUAAAAAUUGUAUUAAUUAUUACAUUAACUAACAAUGUAUACGCCCAAUACGGGCCUUAUGAGGGGUGUGGGCACUCGGUAACAAACCCAUCACCACAGGGUUGGGUAGCAAUGGUGUACCGAAAGGAUCCGACAGAUGACAAAAAGUUUGUGGAUAACAAGUGUCUGGCCAGUAUAAUCAAGGAUAAUUGGUUAGUGGGCGCCGCCAGUUGUCUCACAUUGAAAGACGAUCAAUACCUGAUUAAGAUACCCAAUAACGACACUAAGGGACCUUUUUUCGUGGAGAAAAUAUACAAAUCAAAGGAAUACAACCCAACUCUGGGUGCCGGCUAUGAUUUGGCGCUCAUUAAGCUUAAGAAUGGCCUACAGUUGCGGUUGCCAGGGAACACCAAAAUCAUGAGCGCCAUAUGCCUGUCCGACUACGGCAUAGAAUCAUCUGUAACCAUAGGCACCAAAUGCCAGCUAAACAGCUACGACACCAGCCGUAAGCUUACACCCGAGACCAUUGAAGUGAAAGCUGAUAUCGACUGCGAAAAUCUGUACCCCCGGUAUAAGGAGGGCUAUAUGUUUUGUGGGGACAAAUCCGUCAAUUGGUUAAAUAGCGGCGCCCCUAUCGCUUGUAAGGACAGUAGACACCAGGAUGGCCCGUUCUUUUUGAGCGCCAUGGCCUCGUGGGGUCGGGUCGAUAAGGUUAAGGCGGACGUCUAUACGAAACUCUAUGGAAAGCAUUAUAUCUCAUGGAUUCAAAAGACUAUUGAGGAGGACGAGAGCCAUGCCUUAAAUCUUUAAUUAAAAGUCUGAUUUUGAAAAUAAAUUUUAUUCAUUAUUAAAUGUUGCUUGUAACAA